AAGAAAAGUCCCAUCUCUCUGCCUGGUGAUUGAUCUGUGACUUUCUCAUUCAUCUCUGCUCCUCUGCUCAAAAACACUAGACUGAAUGUGAUUGGCCAAAGGGGCUGGCUGGGAUUCAAGACAGCCGCUUUAUAUCUUCCUGAAAAAGAUAGGCUGUUUUAUAGACAGCGAGCGCUUCUGCCUUCUCAUACUCCAUCUGGUUGUCUUCAAGGAUACAAUAACCACCCGGCAAGAUGUGCAAAGGAUUAGCAGCCUUGCCCCACACAUGUCUGGAGAGAGCCAAAGAAAUCAAGACAAAGUUAGGCACGCUCCUCCAGAAGCCAGACUCUGCUAUUGAUCUGAUUAUCCCUUACCCAGAGAAGCCAGCAAAGGUUCAAAAACCUUCCCCAGAAGAAGCUUGGCAGUGGCACAAUUCCUUGGAAAAGCUCCUUCAAAACCCUUAUGGCCUUUCCAGCUUCCGGACUUUCCUCCAAUCUGAAUUCAGUGAAGAGAACAUUGAAUUCUGGAUUGCGUGUGAACAUUAUAAGAAGACCAAACUGCCUACCAAAAUGACUGAAAAGGCCAAAAAGAUCUAUGAAGAGUUUAUCCAAAGUGAUGCUCCGAAAGAGGUGAAUAUUGACCAUUUCACCAAGUCAGUGACCAUGAAGAAUCUGGUGGAACCAUCUAUAAGCACUUUUGACCUAGCCCAGAAGAGAAUCUUCAUGCUGAUGGAGAAGGAUUCUCUGCCCAGAUUUGUGCGAUCCAACUUAUAUGGAGAAUUAGUAAAAUAGCAGUGUGGCGAGCUGUGCAAAGCAUUGGUACAUCAAUACAGGGUCAUUGCCUCCCCCAAUCACCAGUAAUCAACAUGUCUUAUUUAUAUGGAUAGUUGCUUUGCUUUGUAUUUAUUCCAGGCUUUGAAAACUCAAAGUCUGUGUUGUUAAACAUGACCAGCAUAACUUAGAUGAGGGAAUACAAAACAAAAAUACAACAAAACAAAAAUACAAAAUGUCUUUUGCUUUUUAGAUAUUCUUUCAGUGAACUGUACUUCAUAUUACUACCAGAAAUAAUGCUCUCAUUAUUAGUUUUAGUUCAACAAUUUAAUGGGUGAAUAUCUCAUUUGACUGCAUCCUUUUCUGAUGACAGCUAGUAUUUGCUAUGUUGUUAUGGACUGGUAAAUACCAGCAUUUGCUACAUAUAAUAAGGAAAUAUUUAACAACAUAUCCCUCAAAUGAAACCAAGUACCCUAAUAUGAGAAUCCUUGAAUUAUAUUUGCAAUUUGUAGCAAGAAGGGGAUGAUUUUGGGUUUAUGAAAAAAACCCCAAAGUUAAUGAUAUGACAAAGAGCAAUGAUAUAUUACUGGAAUUAAAUAAGCAGCUGAUCAAAAUCCUGGGCUAAUUUGUUGCUAAAAGAGCAGCUUGAUGAAAAUCAUAAAUUGAUAGAUACCCUCAUAGCUAGCAGACAAUAGAAAUUGUACAAUAAUGAAACAAUUACAGUAUCCAUUUUAAACAAAACAUUUCUUCAUAGAAGACUGUAAACCUGGACAAUUUGUCACCCAUCAAACUAAAUUUGUUCUAUUUUUACAGAUUUAAUCAGUCAAUAAAACCAGUUUUUAAGCUUCCUGUAGAAUAUACACAGUUUAGGGGAUUUCAGUUGUGAAAGUUCUAUCUAUUAUUAAACAGAGAAUAGAGAAUCAUUCUUGGAAUAACAGUGAUGGAUUCAGAAUCUAUUCUGCAGUGCUAAAGGUGUGAGAUAAAUUCAGAUCCUGUGCUAAAUGGCUAUUACUAAAAUAUUUAGGGAAGGGUGAGACUGAGAAUAAAUCAGCAGACCUGCUCAAACAGUGUGACUUGUUUAACAACCCAGGCUUUUUGUUACCUCUCUUACUGUAUCUAUUUUUUUCCGUAUUAAAUUUAUAAAUGUUAUAUUUUUAUAAUGGCCCUGCACAAAUUCCAGUGCCCAUGCACAGCUUUAAAUAACCUCCCUGAAAUCUUCUUAUAAAUUAUGAUAGAAAUAUUUAAGCUGAACCAUAGCUGAACCUCUGUCUGUAGCACAUUUCCCAAAGUAUUAUUUUACCGCACACUUUAACCACAAGAUUUAAAUGUUCUUGUAAUAUAUGUAUUAGUCAGUUCAAGGUAUUUAGCCUGCAGUAAUAUGAAUAGAAAAGGCAUCCAGAUAGAGAUGAAAAAUGCAUUUCAUUUUUUAAAUAAUAGACCAAUUGUAUAGUCAAAGCCUCUACUUUGCAAAUUACCAGUCAACCAUUCAAUAUAGGUGAGAGAGUGACUAAAUCUCUCAAUGCUGUUUGCCCAUCAGCUGUGGUGACUUUGCCUGACAGCCAUGGUGAUUUAGUGUUAUGGCAGGAUGUACACAGAAGCCAUUUUCAAGUUGACAAGUUGUCUAACAUCACCCAACCAGAGGUUGAUUUUAAUUCCUCUCUAACCUAAUAUUUUUUUCUGAUUGUAAUAUGAUUGUAAUAUUUUAUUUUUAUCAAAAGGGGAGGUAAGCCGUAAUUGCUACCAUGCCCUUUACAUGAUUUAGUGGAGCUCAUGCAAAAGAUGAGUAAGGGGUCUUUACAUGGUUUAGUUUUUUUUCCUGCAUCUUGAGUAGCAAAAGAAAAAAAAAAAAAACAGGGGGAAGAGGUCCCAAGUGCUUGGUUUCCCUUGUUUUUUUCCUUACUCUGUCCUUCUGUACCAUCACUAUCCUCUUCUUACUUCACUAGGCCUCAGUUGCCUCAUUCCCGCCCCAUAAUAUUCAGUUUUCCAACUGCUAAGUGCUAGCCUUUAGUACUUAGGCAGCCAAUCCAGCUGCCAAUAGUGGCCCAGAUCUAAAUAGCACUGGGUCUUGCAUCUCUCUUCUUAGAGUGCUCUCAAUUGAAUGAGCAUUUAAUAGCUUAGCAAAUGUAGAUUUGGCCUCUUAAAUAUAUCCAAAAAGUUAAGUGCCAGAAAAUUUCACCAGCCAGGUCAUCACUUCCAAUUCUCUUGAACUGCUCAAUAAACAAAGUCUGUUCCACCAAGCUAGAAAUAUUAGCAUACUCUCUGGCCUUUUAAGAAAAGUCAAGUUGAAAGGAAAUACCAUAGAAGAACUACGCUAAAAUGAUUUAAUUAUCUUCUUCUGUUGAAAAAAAAAGACAGAAUGAGAGAUUUAGGCCAUCAGCCUUGUGAAAUUGGGAGGGGAUUAUGUAAUUAUUUCCAGAGUCCAUUUUGGAGAGCACAUCUAUCCUGGUGACUCACAAGUUAUUAAGAUGCUGGAGGGAGAUUUUCCAAUUACAGCCAUAGGCUACUCUAUCCUGAUGUUUGAAGGAGCUUGUCAAUAAAUUUAACCCAGCAGCCUACUUACUUGGCUCUGUGAUAUUCCUGGUGACUUGAAAUAAACAAAGGUUCAACAAGCUUGUUAAAAGUGUAGUAAAAAUAACUUAUAAAUUUUGCUUCCACCCUAACAAACUAAAUAUAUCAGGCAUAGCUAAAAAAUAGGGUUAAAUGUCAGCAACAUCAUGCAAAUUAAAAAGUUAUGCAUCAUUUUUUCCCUAAUUUCACAGCAUAGAAUAUAUUGGGCUAAAUUCUCACCAUGCAUCUAAAAAUGGAAAUAUUUAGGUUUGUUUUGACUCUUGAAGUAGGUACAGAGUUUGGAAUUAAAUUUGUAUCAGAACAUGAUAAUUAUACAGAUUUCUCUAGUUCACUAUUAUAUUAUUCUCAGUGGCUGUUGUGGAUUUGGGCUCAUUCUGGAUAUAAAGCAAUAUGAUUAUAACUGUAUGAGAUCUGAAUCAGUUAUAGCCAGGGCUUUUUUUCUCAUAAAAUGCCCAGAAUGGAGUUCCGGCACCUUUUUUGGAUGGAACCUUGUAGAGUAGGCAAGGCGGGUUGUGUGACGUGUGAGAGUUCUGGCACCUUUUUUUUUUAGAAAAAAAAAGCACUGGUUAUAGCUAUGAGAAUUCUGUACAAAAGGUUUACCUUUAGGAGUUGUCCUGUUUUAAUUCCAUAUAAGUAUAUUCAUAGUCCACGGUUUUAAAGCAGCUUCAACUUUUGGUUGAAAGAGAAAGAUUUGUUACUGGCUGUAACAAAUAAUUUCAAAACACAGUCUGUGUCUUUUCCAAUCUGAAUAGAAAACAGUGACAAUAUCAGUGGAAUGGAAUCAUGGACAACCAGAUCCAGGGUCUCUCAAUCAUAUACUAGAGCAGGGCUUUUCAACCUUUUCACCGAUUGUACCACUUUUAGAAUAUGGCAACAUUCGAGUACCACCAGUCACCUAGCAAGGUGUCAAAAACUUGACCCCCCCCCCAAAUGGAAAAAGUG